AGGUUACAGUUAGGAAACAUGGUUUUGUAACAGCCUGUGGCAGCUUUUACCUAAGUUCAUCUUUUACAGCAACACUUCUGGGUCAUCUUAUCACCUCUAAACAUUAGGAUUAGAGAACAAUGUUGCUCUCUUCCGUACGGACAUCGAUCUUUUGCAGCUGCAGACACGCAGGGAAAGGGUUUCAGCACAGCAAUAGAAGUCCUCAAAUACGACGAUGGCUUAUAAAAAGGAAUCAGAGCACCAUCACAGCGGAGGUGGGAGCCUCCUCCACCCCAGCAGCAGCUGCUAUCCCCAACGCCGCCACAAAUCGCAUAGUGGGUCGCUGGUUACUCGGCUGCAGCGGGCUGGUGGUGGGGGCUGUCGUCUUGGGAGGUGUCACAAGGUUAACAGAAUCUGGGCUUUCCAUGGUUGACUGGCAUCUGGUGAGGGAGAUGAAGCCACCGCAGUCACAGGCAGAGUGGGAGGCAGAGUUUGCAAAGUACCAGCAGUUUCCUGAGUUCAAAAUAAUGAAUCAUGACAUGACUCUGCCAGAAUUUAAGUUUAUUUUCUACAUGGAGUGGGGUCACCGCAUGUGGGGCAGGCUGGUCGGACUUGCAUACAUCCUCCCCACCAUUUACUUCUGGAGGAAAGGAUACUUCAAUCGCUCCAUGAAGGGGAAAGUGCUGGGACUCUGUGGAUUUGUCUUCUUCCAGGGCCUUCUAGGGUGGUACAUGGUUAAAAGUGGUCUAGAGGAGAAGCCUGAAUCUUAUGACAUCCCUCGUGUCAGCCAGUAUCGCCUCAGUGCUCACCUCGGUUCUGCCUUGUUGCUCUACUGUGCCAGUCUGUGGACAGGCCUUACUCUGCUGCUGCCUGUGCACAAGAUUGCAGAAACCAAACGAAUAAUGCAGCUCAGGAGGUUUGCAAAGGGAACUGGUGGUCUGGUCUUCCUUACUGCACUUUCAGGUGCCUUUGUGGCUGGUUUGGAUGCUGGGCUGGUUUAUAACUCUUUUCCUAAGAUGGGAGAACGAUGGAUCCCUGAUGACCUCCUGGCUUUUUCCCCAACUCUCAAGAACUUUUUUGAAAAUCCAACAACGGUGCAGUUUGACCACAGAGUUUUGGCAAUUUCUUCCUUGACAGCGAUUACAGGACUCUAUCUGUUCUCAAGGAGGAUGUUGCUGCCCAGGCGGGCAAAGAUCGCCAUCAGCCUCCUCACAGCAAUGGCCUAUGGUCAGGUUGCCCUGGGUAUCAGCACCCUGUUGUUGUACGUCCCCACUCCACUGGCAGCGACUCACCAGUCUGGCUCUGUUGCUCUUCUUUCAUUGGCCAUUUGGGUCCUGGCAGAGCUCCGCAAGAUGCCCAAGUAAAUGUCUGUUCCUUUAUGGACAAAUCCAAUCCCCACUAGCCACACCUCAGGCCCUUUAAGAGUCAGAAGCAUCAACUUGAUGAGACAUUUGGGAAGAAAAUAAAAUAAGAGAGUGGAGGUGCAAAGCACUGAAUUCUAUUUUUCAGUUUACACUGUUUUUUUAUGCAUUUGUUGAAGGCUCACUUCUGUGGUUGUAAAAAAAAUUCCUCAUGUGUUGACAUAAAAUCAUCACAUUUAUUAAAGCAGGGCUGUUGUGACUGAAAUUACAAGAAUAAAUCAAGGCUGUCAGCGAGGAA